AUGGAGAGAUUUCGUGCCAUCCUUGUCUUGAUCCUGGUUGGUCUGGGUCUGUGCUCCGCUGCCAAUCCACCGCAAGAUGACGAUUGUCCAGGAUUUGACGAGUGGUUUUUCACCAACAAUCAAACCUUCGAAAAUCACCCGAUCGAGUUCGAGAAUCCUCUACCAAAAUGGCUUCGUGGAACGCUGAUACGGAAUGGAGCGGGAAAGGUGGAAAUGGGUAACAGAAAGUUCGUUCACUACUUCGAUGGAUUUGCGAAACUUCAUAGCUGGAAGUUUUCAGGCAACGGAUCUGCAUUCUUUUCCGCCAAAUUUAUCCAAAGUAGAGUUUAUACUGAAUCCAUUGCGAAGAAUGAUAUAGCACCCUUCCUCACUUUCGAAGGUGUCGACCCGCCGUUUGGAGAGAUCGAGCGAUACGAGUCCUUUAUGCUGAACAUGGAUAACACUGUCGUGAAUGUUUUCAAUUACUCAAAUAAUAUUGUAGCCAUGAACGACAUCUGGAAAGUGUAUGAAAUUAACCCCUCUACACUAGACACCAUCGGAGUUGUGGAUCCACCAAGACCACCGUCACAGUACUCUAAUUUGGGCCGAUUAAAUGUGAUGUCCACCGCUCAUCCAGUGGCAGAAUACGGCGCAACAUCCACGUUUGACAUCCUCAACACCUUUAGUCUCAUUCCUGGUACAAAGGAACGGCUGACCGUGGUCAGAGUCACUUCUCUUUCAGGGCGUGAGCUCGUCGCUGAAUGGGAAAUCGACAAAACUUCAUACAUGCACUCGUUUUCAGUCACACCAAAUUACGUCAUAUUACUCGCUGCACCAUAUUACGUCAACAUGAAUGAUAUGCUGAAGUAUGCUUCCGUUCAAGGCGGGAUGGCCUGGAACGCUCAGGACAAUGCUACGUUCUAUGUCGUGGAAAUCAAAACUGGAAAGGUACACACCCUCAAAACCGAAAACGUCUUCGUAGUUCAUCACAUCAAUUCAUUUGAACUUCCCGACGGCAAAAUUGUUUUAGACGUUCCAGCACAACCAAAUCCAUACGCUUUUGCAUUGUACGACGUAGCAUAUAUACAUAACAAAACAGCUAGAGUCAACCUGACGGCGCAACCAGUUUUGACGCGUUAUACCUUAGACAUUAAGACCCAAGAUGUUCAACGUGUGUCUUUUAACAGUGGACCAAAGGCUCCCUGUGCCACCUCACUAGAAAUGCCCGUAUUCAACGAAAAUUAUCGUCAUAUGAAUUACUGUUACGUCUACGGCCAGGUAGUUAACUAUAAUGGUAAAGGGUUCAGUCACAUUGCCCUUGUCAAAAAGGAUGUGUGUAACAGCGCCGGAGAUCUGAUGUAUGCCGCGCCCCACCAGUACUUUACAGAGCCCUGGUUCGUCCCCGCUCCUGGAGGUAAGGAGGAGGAUGACGGCGUGCUGAUGUCCUCAGCUUUCGACGGAGAUAAGAAAGCCAGUUACCUACUUAUGCUUGACCCUAAAACCAUGACAGUCAUGAACCGAUCAUACAUGCCCACACGAGUACCCUUUAAUUUCCACGGCAGGUUUUUCGACGCCGUGUAUUAG